AUGGUACACUACCCUGGAUCAUGGCAUCGAACAUCCCAGAGCAUCAUUACAAAGGAAACUAUGGCUCUCCUUCGUUCGGGCAACAGAAAGUUGCGAUUCCACGGCUGCAAAGAGUCGAGCAAAGGCAAAUCCUGCGUGACCGAACAAUGCCACCAAUUAACGGACUUCCUGACGCAGUUAAGGGACCGGGUAAGCGCCGAAGAUGGGGAACGGAUUGCCGACAUUCUGGAAGAUAUGGAUGAAGACCUGUCCGAACAGAGGCGCACUCCGACCCCAAUCCCCUCACAACCAGACGUCGACAGUCAUGGUUCACAAGGCAGCGGAGAGAUGAGCGGUUUCGACCACCUUGAGCAUCUUGAGACUGAGGCACUGGACCUGCUGGACGAAGACUUGCACAGUACCGAUGAAGCCCGAUCAACGGGAUUCAUUGGGAAGAGCUCAGAAGUACAAUGGUUGCGUGCAGUAGCUCUUGCCCAACAAGAAAGAAUAGACGGGGAGUGGUCCGGAUCGAGGUCUCAACGCCGUCCUUCGAUUGUUUUCAGCAACGAGCAAGUAAGCUCAUUCAGCUUCUGGGCCGAUUGCGAUGACGUGAGUGUCAACUUUUACGUGGAUCCGUAUGAACUGCCGCGACCCGAUUUUGCCGAGCAUCUGGUGCAAUGCUACAUGCUCAGAGUGCACGACUCUUUCCCUAUCCUACCGCGCAAUUUCGUCAAACAGACUCGUGUGUACUUUGCGGCGCUCCGUGAGGGAAAGGCACCGCGUCUGAAUCCCAAAUGGCAGGCGAUCUUGAAUCUCGUGUUCGCUAUCGGCGCCAACUACUCGUACCUUUAUAACAAAGACUGGCCAGAGGGCGACGCGAAUAUGUUCCACGCAAGAGCAAGAGCUUUUGGGUUGAAUGAAACUUCCCUGACCACACAUCCUGAUGUGCCGCAAAUCCAAGGCUUGGGUCUUCUUGCAUUCUAUUGGUUAAGCGUUGGACAGGUCAGUCGGGCGUGGACGCUUGUUGGCAUGGCUUUGCGAUCAGCCUACUCUCUCGGCCUCCAUGUACGGAACGAGGACCCCUCUGCAAACGCGUCAAAACGCGAGACGUUGGUACAAACGUGGUGGAGUCUGUACUCACUCGAAAGAAUCCUCAGUAUCAUUACUGGUCGGCCCAGCAUCAUUGUGGACUCGUGCUGUUCGGUACCACUGCCAAUGACAAUACCAAGAGAGGAACUGCCAGGAGAAGCGGAGACAACACACGGCAUAGGUAUGAUGACUGCACCAUUGUCAGACUCGCCCACAUUUUCCGCUUCUUCAAACGUCGGCGCGAACCCUCCCUCAAUGGCGAUAGGGUCUCGGACAACAGAUGCCAACUCGGGCUCUUACUUCAGAGCUGUCGUUCAGCUAUCCAUUAUAUCCCAAAAUAUUCUCACAUCUCUUUACUCCGCGGGUACAAUGAUCCGGACGCCAAGCGAGAUCCAACAGGAUACCCAUUUUCUGAGCCAGCGGCUCGACCAGUGGAGCUCCUCAUUGCCGCCAGAGUUUAGGUCGCAUGAAGGGUUGCGUGAACCGCAUGACAUGUUCGCCCGGGAACGCAUGCUUCUCCGAUUCCAGCUUUGCACCGCGCGGAUCUUGCUCACGCGGCCGUCCUUGACUGCACGGCGACAACCGUGGAAGGAUUCGAAUGACGCAACUUUCUCGAGGCGCAUGGCGGACAGCUGCAUCGAAGCUGCCAGAACAAUCGUCGCUUCUCUUCCCGAGGAAUACAAUCCUCAGAUGUAUGAGCAGUGUCCCUGGUGGUGUCUCGUGCAUCACAUGAUGCAAGCUAUCUCCAUCUGUCUUCUCGGUCUUUCAUACCCAACAUCGACAUCGUGUGAGCCUACAAUGAUGAUUCAUUGUACAAGAAAGGCGAUCCGAUGGCUGCAGAUGAUGAAGGGACCCGUGGCAGAGCGCGCGCACCGUGUGGCUAUUGGCUGCUUCGAGGAUCUGGCGAGACGGUACGACGUCGAUAUAUCGAAUUUAUGGAAGCGGAAGGAGCCUUCGGUGGUGCGAUCGUCGACCUCCAACACUCGUGCAGGCCCGUCGCCGAAUUCAUCGGCGCAAUCCGACACUAUGGGCCAAGCAUCAGGAUCGAUACCUGGAUCUUAUACUCAGGCAGGCUACAAUAGUGCAGGCGCUCAGGGUACCUCUUUCCACCCUGAGGCUUCCAUGUUUGACGAUAGUUACCACAUGAUGAGGUGA